AUGGCGACCACAAACAAGACCCUCAUCUUCAAGAAAGUCCCCACGGCAAUGCCGGUUCCGGGCGAGCACCUCGUCAUCGAAGACCGCGGCUUCGACGCGUCCGCGCCGCCCCCGCCCGGCGGGCUGACCCUCUCGAUCCUGUACGCCUCCUUCGACCCGUACCUGCGCGGCCGCAUGCGCCCGGCGGACGUCAAAUCGUACAGGGCGGCCUUCGAGCUGGGCGGGCCCGUGACCAACGACACGGUGGCGCGGGUGCUCAAGUCGGACUGCGCGGCGUACGCGCCCGGCGACCUCGUGGUCGCGCACCUGCCGAUCGCUGAGUACGCCGUGCUGAGUCGGGAGCAGGUGCCCACCGCGGUGAAGAGCAAGGUGGAGAAUCCGCACGGGCUGCGGGAUCUUGGCCUGUUCCUCGGCCCGCUCGGCAUGCCGGGCCUGACGGCGUGGUCGUCGUUGUACGAGAUUGGGAAGCCGAAGGCGGGCGAGACGAUUUUCAUCAGCAGCGCUGCUGGCGCGGUGGGGCAAGUGGUUGGUCAGGUGGCGAAGCGGUUGGGACUGCGCGUGAUUGGGAGCGUCGGGAGCGAUGAUAAGCUGGAGUUUAUCAUCAAGGAGCUGGGGUUCGAUGGCGGCUUCAAUUACAAGAAAGAGGCGACGAGGGAGGCCCUGCAGAGGCUGGCUCCGGACGGGCUGGACAUCUAUUAUGACAACGUGGGCGGGGAGCAGCUUGAGGCGGCACUGGAUGCCAUGAACGACUUUGGAAGGAUCGUCGCUUGCGGAAUGAUCUCGCAGUACAACCUCCCAGACAAGGAGCGCUACGGCAUCAAAAACCUGUUCCAGGUGGUUACCAAGCGGCUGACUAUGCGCGGAUUCAUAGUCAGCGAUCCCGGCUUCGGGGACAAGUACAAGAAGGACCACCAGGAGAAGAUGCAGCAGUGGCUAGCCGAAGGGAGCGUCAAGGCCAAGCUGAGCGUCACGGAGGGCAUUGACAAUGCCGCUGAAGGUCUGGUUGGCAUCUUCGAGGGCAAAAACUUUGGCAAGGCGGUACUCAAAGUUAAGGAUGAGUAG